AUGGAAAAUGGUAUGUAUAAAAAGAAAGGAGUGUGCGACUCUUGUGUCUCGUCCAAAAGCAGAUCCAACCACAGCCCCAAAAGAAGCAUGAUGGAGCCUCAGCCUCACCAUCUCCUCAUGGAUUGGAACAAAGCUAAUGAUCUUCUCACACAAGAACACGCAGCUUUUCUCAAUGAUCCUCACCAUCUCAUGUUAGAUCCACCUCCCGAAACCCUAAUUCACUUGGACGAAGACGAAGAGUACGAUGAAGACAUGGAUGCGAUGAAGGAGAUGCAGUACAUGAUCGCCGUCAUGCAGCCCGUAGACAUCGACCCUGCCACGGUCCCUAAGCCGAACCGCCGUAACGUAAGGAUAAGCGACGAUCCUCAGACGGUGGUUGCUCGUCGGCGUCGGGAAAGGAUCAGCGAGAAGAUCCGAAUUCUCAAGAGGAUCGUGCCUGGUGGUGCGAAGAUGGACACAGCUUCCAUGCUCGACGAAGCCAUACGUUACACCAAGUUCUUGAAACGGCAGGUGAGGAUUCUUCAGCCUCACUCUCAGAUUGGAGCUCCUAUGGCUAACCCCUCUUACCUUUGUUAUUACCACAACUCCCAACCCUGAUGAACUACACAGAAGCUCGCUAGCUAGACAUUUGGUGUCAUCCUCUCAACCUUUUUCAUGUUGAUAUAUUAUAUAUAGAUGCAUAAAGAUUCGAUCCAAGAUUGUAUGGGUGUUUUAAUAUUAUUAUUCUAAGAUAUAUGAUGUACAAUUGUGUACCAAGUUUCUUUAUCUUGAUAUCAUAUGCAUAAAUAAUUGGUGAAUAAAAAGAAGAUAUUGAUUGUAAACAAAAAAAAGAAGAUAUUGAUUGUUAAUUAGGGUUUGAUCAUUCUGUAUGAAAGCUUUGGCCUGCAAAUUAAUUUUCGAUAUAUAUAUAUAUAUAUGGAGAAUAUAUAUCAAAUACUUUUUUAAUUUGACUAUAAUUUGUAUCAAUUAUCUGAAUCUGAUGAGUGUAGGUUAUAUAUGGAUUAGCAAAAAAGAAAACAACCAUUAUUACGCACCUACAUUAAAAAUCAUCCACCAAAGAAGAAACCAUCCUCAAGAGGGUUCCCAUAUUGGAGAAUAAUGAAAAAUUUAAGAAGAAAAGGGUCGAGAUUUCGACGGACAAGCAUUCUGAUUAUUACAAACAUAUUUUAGAGAAAUUUAGAAAGAAAAUUAAACUAAAAAUUAAAAAGAAGCAAACUGAGAUAACUCUCUGUCUCAAUGGAACGCCGGCCAGAAGUGAUCAUCGUGAUUUUGGUUACCAUCUUGAUAAGGUCAAUCGAGGAGUGUAUCCGUUUCAAACACCACACGUCCACUAUAUUUCGCCAAGUUAAAUUGAAAGGAAGAUGAACAAUCAAGAGAUGUGGUAGUUAUUUUGAAUUAAGCAUAUCCAAAAAGACCCUAGGCGAAGCUGAGAGAUCGCAAGUUCGAGUGACACUUGGAACGAAACUAAUAUUACAUGAUGUGGUUUCGGGCCUAAAGGAAUUACGGGCUUCGGCCCAGAACCUCCUGAUAUUC